AUGGCCAUGCUUAGAGUAUCAUCUUAUCGACGGCUGUUUGAGGAGGACCAGUGGAGUCAGACUGGAGCUGUAAGCCAGAGGUGUGGGGGACAGUACCUGCGCUCCUCAGCCAGGACUGCAGUGAGUGAAUGGACUGAGCCAGACUUUGCUGCGGCCCGUGCUCUGAAUAGAGAGGGUGUGACUCGGUUUGCCCGAGAGCGUUCUCUCAUCGCUGCUCUUAAUGACCGCCUGGCCAACCUUAUUGAUGUGGCUCGUUGUCUGGAAGAGGAGAAUGAAUCUCUGGAGGCUCAAAUCGAGGAAUUAGAGGAGAGACUGAAAAUGGAAAAGGAAUCUUCCACUGUCUCCAUCAGCCGACCUGACGACUCCUGCCUGGACGCUAUUGUGGAGAGACUGCGUCGAGAGAAGGAGGAGAUUCUGCAUGACACUGAGCUUCUGAGGAGCGAGCUGCAGAGUCUGCAGGCGCGACAUGAGGAUGUGGUGGAGCAGAAAACCCUUCUACAACUGGAAAGGGAAGAUGUCGCUGUGGAGGUGGAUGAAGUGACUGCUGACUGCCUGGCCCUGAGAGAACAGGUGGCUAUAUAUGAAGAACAACUAGCCACAAUGGAGCGACAGCAGGCGACUAGGCUUGAGAUGCUGUCGGAACCCGUGGACAGUGAUGGUUCCCUUGGCGUAGCUUUGGACUUCCCUGCCGUUGACAUCACCCCAGCCAUUAUGGACAUCAAGGAGUAUUACUGCCAACUGGCAGAAAGUCUACAGUUUGAGUCGAAGGCCGUCACAGAGGGGGGGCUAGGCAAACGGGACCAACUGGUCGAAGUGACUGGAGGCAAGGUGAAGGACGUUUCCAAGGAGACGGACGUGAACGCUCUGAAGGACCUGAUUACUGAACUGCAAAAAGAGCUUGCUGAGUUGGAAAGACAUGGAGAAGAUCUGGAGGCAGAAAUAGAGACUAAGAGAGAAACUCAUCUGGAGGAGAUUGCAGAACUGGAGGCCUCUGCUGCUGGGCUGGAGGAGGAGCUGGGUGAUCUCCAGGCCCAGAUGAAGGAGCAGUGUGGAGAUUAUGAGGAAUUACUCAGUGAGAAAAUGGCUCUGGACAUCGAAAUUGCUGCCUACAGGGGUUUGGUGGAGGAGGAAGGAAAAAGAUUGUGGUACCUGUAG